AUGCCUGUCCAUGAGUGGUUGGUAGCACUUCGUUCAAACUUGGGACUCAAAGUUUGUGAACCGCAGAGUUCUCAGAGCCUCCUGCCGCUGGUGACCCUGUGUCCACAGUCUCUGCUGGGUUUGGGAGCUUUGGCCUCAGUCGUGGUUUACUGGUUAAUGACCCGCCCACGACCCAUGCGUCCAAUAGUGGAUCUACAUGCCCAGUCUGUGGCCGUCAAUGGUGAUCCCAGCUGCAGAAGAUCUGCUCUUCUCAAGGAUGACACAUUGAUUGACUUCUACUUUGAGGACACAAAGACGUUUUACGACAUGUUUCAAAGAGGACUCAGAAUCUCGGGCAGUGGCCCGUGUAUCGGCUACAGAAGCCCCGGACAACCGUACGAGUGGAUCUCUUACUCUGAGGUGGCAGAGCGGGCACAGUUUCUAGGCUCUGGGCUUUUGGCCAAGGGGUGCCAGCCCAACUCCAGUCAGUUUGUGGGGAUAUUUGCACAAAACAGACCAGAGUGGACAAUCUCUGAACUGGCCUGUUACACUUAUUCAAUGGCAGUGGUGCCGUUGUAUGAAACGCUGGGGCUGGAGGCAAUGGUGCACAUUCUCAAUCUGGCUGAGAUUUCAUUGGUGAUUUGUGACCGUGAGGAAAAGGCUGCAUCCCUGUUGGAAAACAAGGAGAAAGGCGUGACUCCCAAACUUUCUUGCCUUGUCCUUUUCAAUGAUUUCAGUGAUGAGUUUUUGGAGCGAGCCAAGACGUGCAAUGUGGAAGUGGUCAAAUACACACAGCUCAUAGAUCUGGGGAGAGAGAACCUCCAAGAUCCUGUGCCGCCCCAGCCUGAUGAUCUGGCAGUGGUUUGCUUCACCAGCGGCACCACAGGAAAACCUAAGGGAGCAAUGCUCACCCACGGCAACAUCGCCUCCAACACUUCCUCUGUCAUUAAGAUCCUGGAGGGUUAUUUUGUGAUUCGACAAGAUGAUGUGUCAAUCUCAUAUCUACCCCUCGCUCAUAUGUUUGAAAGGAUGAUCCAGGUGUCCAUGUUCUGCCAUGGGGCUCGAGUUGGAUUCUACCAGGGAGACAUCUCUCUGCUUAUGGACGACAUCAAAACACUCAAACCAACUUUUUUUCCUGUUGUGCCUCGCCUGCUUAAUCGGAUCUAUGACAAGAUCCUUGGCUCUGUGACUUCUCCUUUGCGACGAGCUUUGUUGAAUUAUGCUGUUCGAAGGAAGCUGGCAGAACUCAGCAGUGGAAUUGUUCGCAAUAACAGUAUUUGGGACAAACUCGUCUUCAAGAAGAUCCAGGCGAGUCUUGGUGGUAAUCUCCGCUUUGCCCUCACGGCGUCGGCCCCGAUCUCUCCCACUGUGCUGUCGUUCCUGCGGGCCACGCUGGGCUGCCUCAUAUUCGAAGGCUACGGUCAGACUGAGUGCACGGCUGGCUGCACUUUCUCCAUGCCCGGGGACUGGAGAGCAGGUCAUGUUGGUGCACCGUUGCCUGGUUCCAUGGUUAAAGUGGUGGAUAUUCCUGAAAUGAACUAUUUAGCAAAGAAUGGAGAAGGGGAGAUUUGCACAAGAGGGCCGAGUGUGUUCAAAGGCUACUUGAAGGACCCCGAAAGGACAGCUGAGGCAUUGGACAGUGAUGGCUGGCUUCACACUGGAGACGUGGGCCAGUGGCUUCCUAACGGAACGCUACGCAUCAUUGAUAGGAAAAAGCACAUAUUCAAGUUGUCUCAAGGGGAAUAUAUUGCUCCAGAAAAGAUAGAAAAUGUCUACAUGCGCUGUGUGCCCAUCCUUCAGGUUUUUGUGCAUGGAGACAGCUUGGAAUCCUACCUCAUAGGAAUAGCUGUGCCCGACCCAGAGGUGUUUGUGGACUGGGCUAAAGAACAAGGCUUUGUGGGAUCGUACCAAGAGCUGUGUCAAAACCCAGAUGUUAAGAAUGCAGUACUGGAAGACAUGAAAGCUGUUGGAAAAGAAGCAGGUUUGAAGUCUUUUGAGCAGGUGAAGGACCUCUAUUUGCACCAAGAAAUGUUCAGCAUCGCCAAUGGCCUCCUCACGCCAACACUUAAAAGCAGACGCACCGACAUUCGCAGAGUUUUUCAAGAGCAACUUUCAGCCAUGUACAAUAAGACUGGAGUCAAAAGUUAA